AUGGCUUCCGGUCUUGAAGAGGUCCCCGAGGGACAGAUCGAGUCCAACUACGAUGAGACCACCGACUCCUUCGACGCCAUGAACCUCAAGGCCGAGCUCCUCCGUGGUGUCUACGCCUACGGUUUCGAGCGCCCCUCUGCUAUCCAGCAGCGCGCCAUCAUGCCCGUCAUCAAGGGUAAGCUUGUCCGAGCAUCCCGUUUGCUCCUUCUCCCAGCUCACUCUUUGUCCUCCNNAGGUCACGAUGUCAUUGCCCAGGCCCAGUCCGGUACUGGCAAGACCGCUACUUUCUCCAUCUCGGUCCUCCAGAAGCUUGACCCCAACGUCAAGGCUUGCCAGGCCCUGAUCCUCGCCCCCACUCGCGAGCUCGCCCAGCAGAUCCAGAAGGUCGUUGUCGCCAUCGGUGACUUCAUGAACGUCGAGUGCCACGCCUGUAUCGGUGGUACCAGCGUCCGUGACGACAUGAAGGCCCUCCAGGACGGCCCCCAGGUCGUCGUCGGUACNCCCGGCCGUGUCCACGACAUGAUCCAGCGUCGCGUCCUCAAGACCGACUCCAUGAAGAUGUUCGUCCUCGACGAGGCCGAUGAGAUGCUGUCUCGCGGUUUCACCGAGCAGAUCUACGACAUCUUCCAGCUCCUUCCCCAGUCCACCCAGGUUGUCCUCCUUUCCGCCACCAUGCCCCAGGACGUCCUCGAGGUCACCACCAAGUUCAUGCGCGACCCCGUCCGUAUUCUCGUCAAGAAGGACGAGCUUACCCUCGAAGGUAUCAAGCAGUUCUACAUUGCCGUCGAGAAGGAGGAGUGGAAGCUCGACACCCUCUCCGACUUGUACGAGACCGUUACCAUCACCCAAGCUGUCAUCUUCUGCAACACCCGCAGAAAGGUCGACUGGCUCACCGACAAGUUGACUGCCCGUGACUUCACCGUUUCUGCCAUGCACGGUGACAUGGACCAGGCCCAGCGUGAUGUUAUCAUGAAGGAGUUCCGUUCCGGUUCUUCUCGUGUCCUGAUCGCCACUGACCUUUUGGCCCGUGGUAUCGACGUCCAGCAGGUCUCGCUGGUCAUCAACUACGACCUUCCCGCCAACCGCGAGAACUACAUCCACCGCAUCGGUCGUGGUGGUCGUUUCGGUCGUAAGGGUGUUGCCAUCAACUUCGUCACCGCUGAUGAUGUGCGCAUGAUGAGAGAGAUUGAGCAGUUCUACUCGACUCAAAUUGAGGAGAUGCCCAUGAACGUUGCUGGUAUGUGGAUUGCGACUGACCCUACUUGA